CUCUACAUUCGGCUGUCCUUUUCUUUCAAGGCUUAACCUCAAACUACGAGAUUGUAAACACACAUUGCAAAAGUGCAGACAAUUUUCAAAAUUUAAAUGCCACAAUUUAAGUGAACUGCUGAAUAAUUUUAUGAUACGAACCACUAUUUAAUUUUCAAAUUAUAGCAGAGCCUUGGGCUAGCAGAAAUCAACCUCUAACAAUAUCAAGAAUACUUCACAAAAAUGGCUCAAAGUAGAUUAGAAAAAGUAGGAACGAUAUACUCAAGGCUCACUUCGUUGAUCAAAAGUGGAGGAAUCCCAGAGGAGAACAAACCUAUCUGGUUGGAUUUGUACAAAGCUUUUCCACCGAAAUAUGAACCAACCUUCAGCAGGCCAGCAAGUGGACCGCCCGUUAGAAAGAUAUUUUAUACAGAAGACCUAAUCAGAGCCCAAUUUCACAAGCAUCAUAGGCGCUACUCGAACGUCAAUUUGUUAGAUAAUAAAUCAGUAUCUAGAACAGAAUCCUUUAUUCUUAUCUACAGACAAUUAGAAAAGGAUGGUGUUCCUCAGGAUGAAAUAUACAACAAGGCUAUUGAAGAAUUUUUGGAAAAAUUCAAGCACGAACAAGCUCUUAAAGAAGCUGAAAAAGCAGAUACUGCUGCAGAGUCUUCACAAAGGCCACUACAAGGUUUGAGCAUUAAAAGACUUGUUGCAGAUAAAGAAAGCAAAUUUGGGAAAAAAUUGGCCAAAAAGGCAAGUGAAGAAUCAAAAGAACUUACCGAAGAAGAAAAGAAGAUGUAUAAACCUAUCAGAUUCAGUCUCGAAAAAAUUAUGGAAGAUAAAGAAACGACACAGGAGGUCAAGAAACCUGAAUGAAUUAACUUUACAAUAAAUACUUUUAAGCUAAAUUAAGUUUGUAUAAAAUACAUAGUUUUCAUAAAUGUUAA